GAAUACAUGUUCAAAACAAUGCCUUUUAAACGUGUCAAGUAUCGAGUGCGAUAGGUACAAUGUUCGUUUAUAUUAACUCAUCUACUAGCACUCACAACCACAGAAAUCACAACUAUCAAUACAACCCAACUCUAUUUUCUUGGUACCCCUCUUCGCGUUAUUAAGAUGCCACCACAAUUGACCAGAGUUAAUGUAAGUUCUCUCCCAGGAGACCAACGCACCUGUGCGAUCUGUCAAGACAAUCUCGGUGCUGGAGAAAACGGAGAACCAGUUAAAACUGCGUGCAAUCACGUUUUUGAUCGAGAAUGUGUUCAACGAUGGCUUGACGCAGAUCACACAACCUGCCCCAUUUGCCGCGAGGAAAUUCGUAACAUAACUGGUGGCGUAAGGGAAGCGGCAAGGGAUAGGAUUAGACAGAUCAAUAACGCUGCGAGACGCAUCAGAGAUAGAGCUGUUGAUGAGAGAGAACAAAUGAUGCAAGCCCAGGCGGAUUAUGGAGGUGGAAAUGAAGAUAAUCAUCUCGAGGGAAAUGUUGGAGAAGAGCUCGAACCCAUGCCACUUGAUGUGCCGGGGAAUUUUAGUGCUUCUAUUCCUCCCCUCCAUGUCUCGCCAGUCAGGAGACCAUCGUCGAGAAGACAGUAUUCACCAAGAAGAUUUUCCUCACCACCCGAUAGAUACCAUUCCCCUCCUCCCCGAGUUUCCAGUUCCGCAACAGUGCAACACGCCGAAGCAACCUAUAUCACCGCGCUCUCCACCCUCCGCUCCCUCGACACCAAAAUAAUCAACCAAGCACGCGUCUCCUACGAAGCCAAUGCCGCCAAACACGACGCAGAACACAACGUCCAACUCGCCUUCCAGGAACUCCAACGCGCAGUUCUAUCAGGCGAUCAGGAGUUCAUCGAUCUUGCGCUGUCCAUGCAGGAAAGCGUCACGAUGCGCUUGGAUCAUGCGCAUAUUGCGAUGGCGCAGUAUAGUACGCCGUUGAGGGAGUGGAUGGAGGAGAGGCCGAGGGCGAGCGAGAGGUUAGAUAGAGCGAGAGUGCUGUUUGCGAGGAUGAGGGAUGAGUUUGUGAGGGGGGUGAGAAGAGGAGAGGAGAGAGGAAUGAGAGAUGAUGAGGUUGGUGCGGAGGAAGAGGUUUGGGAGAUUUAUGAUCCGAGGGAUUUUGAGUGAGUCGGUAGGUAGGUAGGUGUGGUAAUGAUUAUUUGAUGGGGAAUAGGUGAGUUAGAUCAUCUGAUUUUUGAAAUUGGGUUUUAUUUCUUCUAUGUUUGCUUGCUUGCUUAGGAUUUUCCUACUCAACUCCUGACUUCCUUGCCAUCCACAUUAAAACUUACCCGUUCGUAAGUAAGUAAGUAUACAAUACCAUAGCUAAACUUUCUCCCCUCUAUUCACUCUUCUUCAAUUUUUCUUUUAAUACAAUACACAAUUAAAAUUGACAUAUUAACAACAGGCUUGGACGAAUAUUACUUUGCGAUGGAAAUGAUGAGAUGAGAUGGGAUGAGAUGUGAUGUGAUGUUAAGUGACAUGAUAUCAUAAAAUUGUAUGAUCUAAGGUGCUUUUUUUAAAUAGAAAAAGAAUAAAUAGAUUAUGCUUGCGUACUUUUGUACGUAUGGGUUUCGAAAUAUGAGCUUGGUUAUUCUGGAUUGAUGGACUGGGAUGUCUAUCUAGGGAUUUGGGUUUACCGCACGCGAUACGAUGUGCCAGUAUGGGUGGUGGUGAAUUGGGAAUUUGAUGUGGUGGUUUGAGUGGAUACUUGGGUAGGUAGGUAGGGGAGUAGGAGGAUAGGGGGGUGAGUAGGUAGGCAGAUAGGCAUUUGUGAUAUCGUGUAUCGAGAUAGUUAGUUACACUGCUGAGUGGGAUGGAGGGUUUUGGGAUUGGGUUAAGUUUAUGGGGCGGGGAGUAGGAUGGCUUGGGAAUAAUAGAUGGAUAGAAGAUGUAUGCAUAAAUAAAAAUAUCAAUAUGCUGGGAGAAUAUUGAGAUUCGGAUAGAAGGUGGCUUGAUUCUCAUAGUUUUUCCCUGGCAUUUCGAUGGGGGAGUUGAGAAAUGUUUACUAUACGUACCAAUGUUUCACUGCUCAUGUCCGGCCGAGCCUUGGAGUGGUGUCGAGAAUUCAUUGGAUUUGGAUGAAUAUCUACUCUUUCUCCUUCUUCUUUGAUAGAUGGCUAGCAUAUAUUCACAUUUGUGUCGAAUAAUCAGGCUAGUGUCUUUGGUAUCUUUGGUGAGAUAUAUGGGGGUUUGUUCACUCGAGAUGUUUGGCUUGCUUGACGUUAUAUGGAUGGCUGCGGAGGUGGAUGAAGAUUACAUUGCUGAGGUUACCAAGUGGAGAUCUGUGAGGCCCGGAAUACUGAUUUUCGAUUUUGUUGUCCUGGGUUGAUGAUACUCACGGUGUGGUGUGUGUUAGUUCGCUGGUGGUGAUUGACUAGAGGGGAAAAGCUGCAGAGUUUAAGAAAUUUUCCAUGCGUUUCAUUUUACAAUGGCGUAACGAAUGACACAAUCUCUUUUGAUUAUCACCCAAGUUUAUGUAUCGUGUAUGGCAGAUAAAAUUAUGCAAUAUUUGAA